AUGGGCAAGUUCCUUGCCGGAGAACUAAGAGCACUCGGCGCCGAAGUCGAGUUGCGAGAACUGGGAAAACAACCGCACAAAGAACACCUCGAUCUGCCUCCCGUGGUCAUCGCUCGAUAUGGAAAUGACAAGAAGAAGCGUACGAUACUGGUCUACGGCCACUACGAUGUCCAACCCGCUUUGCUGGAGGAUGGAUGGGCCACAGAGCCUUUCACCCUGACCAUUGAUGACAAGAAUCGGAUGUACGGCCGUGGCAGCACAGAUGAUAAGGGCCCCGUGUUAGGAUGGCUGAAUGCAAUCGAAGCACACCAAAAGGCCGGUGUCGACUUCCCCGUCAAUCUUCUCUGCUGCUUCGAGGGCAUGGAGGAAUACGGCUCCGAGGGUCUGGACGAGUUCAUCAAUGCUGAGGCCAAGAACUACUUUAAGGACACCGACGCUGUGUGCAUCUCCGAUAACUACUGGCUAGGCACCGAGAAACCAUGCCUGACGUACGGGCUUCGUGGAGUCAUGUACUACUCGCUUUCCGUCUCCGGGCCCGGCCAGGACUUGCACUCUGGUGUUUUUGGGGGCACGGCCCAGGAACCAAUGACUGAUCUGGUCCGCCUGAUGAGCACCCUCGUCGAUGGUCAUGGCAAAAUCCUGAUUCCUGGAAUCAACGAACAGGUCGCCCCCCUCACCGACGACGAGAAGGAGCUCUACGGCCCUAUCGCAUACACCAUGGACAAUCUGUACGAAUCCUUAGGCUCGACAACCAGCAUUUUUGAAGACAAGGAACGGACCCUGAUGGCCCGCUGGCGGUAUCCGUCUCUUUCUCUACACGGUAUCGAGGGUGCCUUCUCCGCCCCCGGUGCAAAGACCGUCAUCCCCGCCAAGGUCAUUGGCAAAUUCUCCAUCCGCACUGUCCCCGACAUGGAAGGCUCCAAAGUCACGGAGCAGGUCAUCAAGCAUGUAAAGAGCGAGUUCGCCAAGCUCAACUCCAAAAACACCAUUGACAUCGUCGAGCAGCAUGGCGGCAAAUGGUGGGUCGCCAGUCCUAAGCAUUGGAAUUUUGCCGCCGCGGCGAAGGCCGUGAAGGAAGUAUUUGGUGUAGAUCCAGAUUAUACUCGUGAGGGCGGCAGUAUCCCUGUCACCAUUACCUUUGAACAGGCCACGGGAAAGAAUGUCUUGCUCCUCCCCAUGGGCUCGAGCACAGACGCCGCGCACAGCAUCAACGAGAAGCUCGACCGAAGGAACUACAUCGAGGGAAUCAAACUACUGGGCGCAUACUUGCAUUAUGUUGCCGAAGAGCCCAUCAAGGUGGGCUAA